AUGGCGAGCGAGGCAGUACCCAUACCCGAGAGGAAAGCCCGGAAAUCAGUUGCUUUUAGUGAAGGAACAUCGAUCGUAGACGAGAACGGUGUGGUCACAAUGAAGGAAGACGAGCAUGACGAUACCAAGAACACGGCUUUGUCGCAUUCCGCAAGCCACGAUGAUGCUGCGGAUGCCAAGGAAGAAGACGAUGUCGCUGAUAUGUUGAAGAGCAUGAAAAAGAAGAAGAAGAAGGUUAAGACUGAGGAUGCGGAGGAGGGCGAGGGCGAGGCUGCCGCUGAUGGUGGGCUCGAUCUUUCUUCGAUGAAAAAGAAGAAGAAGUCCAAGAAGCCAAAGGAGGGAACCGAGGAGGAUUUCGCCAAACGUGUUGCUGCACUCGAGUUGGGUGACAAUGCUGCCGAGGGCGAGGAGGCCGAAUCUGCUGAAGCGGGGGAAGUCGAUGAAGGAGAUAUGGAGAAGGGAACUGGAAUAUGGCAGCACGACGAGACGAAACAAAUCGGCUACGAAUUGCUCCUCUCCAGAUUUUUCACCCUCCUCGCACAAAAGAACCCAGAUCACGCAUCCAGCGGCUCAAGGAGUUACAAGAUCCCACCUCCACAAUGUCUUCGUGAAGGAAACAAGAAGACGAUUUUCGCCAAUAUCGCUGAGAUUUGUAAGCGAAUGAAGAGAACUGAUGAGCACGUUACAUCAUAUCUGUUUGCGGAAUUGGGAACGAGCGGUUCCGUGGACGGUAGCAGGCGGUUGGUCAUUAAGGGUCGUUUCCAGCAGAAACAGAUCGAGAACGUGUUGCGAAGAUACAUCAUGGAAUAUGUCACUUGCAAAACCUGCAGAUCCCCAGAUACUGAACUCAACAAAGGAGAGAACAGAUUGUACUUCAUCACUUGCAACUCUUGCGGUUCCCGACGAAGUGUCACCGCCAUCAAGACUGGUUUCUCUGCCCAAGUCGGAAAGCGUCGCAGACAACAAGGUUAA